AUGUACCCCCCAAGACAACUCACAAACUCGGACAUAACAUUAUUAAUAAAGCGCUUGGCCCCAUUGAUCCGCCCCGGCUUGGCGUCCCUCCACAGGCGUCGAUCGGUCACUUGUGAAAACAACAGUUUUAUGGAUGGAUACCGCCUGUGGAGGUCCUGUAGGUCCUGCUUCAUCGCUGUGACCAAGUCCACGCUCUUCACCUUCCCGAGGUCGUUGCUGCCGCAGCAGAUGAGCAGGACAGCCGGGGCGGACCGUCCCCGUAGCAAGUGCAAAAGCCAGGGCACCAGGCCGCUCCAGCGGAGUCCUCCGCGGCCAAACCACUGGAUGUGGGCCGCCAUCCCUAAGUUCUGA